CACGUCACUGAAAGCCGAAGCGGGCGGUUCCGGGUGAAAGGCGGUAAGCGAUGGCGAUGGCGGCGGCGGAGACGGCGGCACUGGACGCCUUGAAGCGGGGCGGCCCGGCGGCGGCCGAGUCGCUCUUCGAAGCUCACACGGCGGCGGAACUGCGGGCGGCCGAGCGGCAGCUGCGCGCCGGCAUCGAGGGGAAGCGCGAGGAGCUGCGGCAGAUGGUGGGCGAGCGGUACCGGGACCUCAUCGAGGCAGCAGACACCAUCGCCGAGAUGCGACUCAGCGCCGAACGCCUCCUCGAGGCCGUCCGGGGACUGCAGCAGCGGCGCGCGCCAGGACGAGCCCAACCCGCCCCCUCCCCUCAUAACGGCGGCCGCGGCCCCGCCUUCCUGGCGCCAGAAGCAGGAGCGCAACAGAUAUCAUCCCAGGAAAAAUUCUAUUGCUUGGCAGCACAGACACAACUGUUACUUCAGAUCCCCGAGAAAGUCUGGAGUGCAAUGGAAUCUUCCCAGUACUUACAAGCCACACAGUUGUACCUGCUGUGCUGCCACCUGCAUGGCAUCUUGCAGUUAGAUUCAUCUGGCUCCCACUACAGCCCCAUCCUGGCCCGUUUCCCCAUCCUUGCACGUCAGGUGGCUGCAAGUAACCAUUUCCGGUCCACUAUUCUACAAGAGAGCAAGUCACUGUUGAAAUCCCGGACUGUUUUGGACCAAGCAGUAGCAGAGGCGUUAUGUUCAAUUAUGCUUCUGGAAGACAGCUCUCCACGCCAGGCUCUGGCAGACUUCCUGCUGGCCAGGAAGUCUGCAAUUCAGCAGCUUUUGAACCAGCCCCAUCACGAUGCAGGCAUAAAAGCACAAGUCUGCUCCUUGGUGGAACUGCUAGCCACCACUCUGUACCAAGCUCAUGCUCUUUUCUACACCCUGCCGGAGGGGGUGCCCUCAGACCCAUCCCUCCCUUCUGGCUUGCUCUACUUGGCGUUGGAGACCAUCACAAGCCAGCACCCAGCAGGUAAAGGCAUCACAGUUUUGAAAGAAGAAACCAAGUUGAGCACCUGGUCCAAAUACUUGCCUCCCUCCAUAACAGAAUUCCAGCCAACCCUCAGAACUCUGGCACAUCCCAUUAGCCAGGAGUACCUUAGAGACACACUGCAGAAAUGGAUCGACAUGUGCAAUGAAGAUAUCAAAAUUGGGAUUACAAGUUUGCUGGUGUAUGUGAAGAGCUUGAAAGGUCUGGCUGGGAUCCGUGAUGCAGUGUGGGAGCUGCUCACAAGUGAGUCCAUGAGCCAGAACUGGGAGACAGUGUGUUGCCGGCUCCUAGACAAGCCUAUUUCUUUCUGGGAAGACCUGUUACAACAGCUCUUCUUGGACAGAUUACAGAUUCUUAUCAAGGAAGGACUGGAUGAGAUUGCCACCAGUUCUGGGGAGCUUCUUAUGCUGGCUGUACAAGAGCUCGAAGCCAAGUUUGGCACCCCAACCCACAGCAAACACCUCCUGUUCGAACAGAACAUGGCCUCUUUCUUGUGGUCAGAGAACCCAAACGACUUGCCACCCGACGCGGCCUGGAUCACUGUGGCCAACCGCAGCCAGUUCGCCAAGAGCGGGUUGUCCAUGAAGGCUCAGGCUCACAGCCCUUGUGUCCAGAGCUUCUGCAGUGCCCUGGAUACCAAGCUGAAGGCCAAGCUGGAUGACCUUCUGUCCUACUUGCCCUCAGAUUCCUCUCUAUCCAAAGAGGUUCCAAAAAUGCAGCCCCGGAAUUCUGCCUUUGACAGAUACGCCGACACAGGCAUGGUGGAGGAGCUGUUGCGCAGCCACUGCAGCCGCUGCGUGGACUAUGUGCUAGGCAGCAUAAGGAAAGAGCUGCAUCAUGCUGAGGGCGUGCUUCGAGGGUGCCCGGAUGCCUUGCGCAGUCCUGCGCUAAACACUGUACUCUUCCUGGCACGGCUCUGCCGGUCACUGGGGGAGUUGUGCCCACACCUGAAGCACUGCAUUCUGGGUAAAUCGGGUAGUUCAGAGAACACGACAAGGGAGCUCUGGCCUCUGAAAAAGGUGGGCAAAGGUAAAAUUCAAGAAGUGAAUCCCAUGCAGGCUAAAUGGCAAGAGCUGAAUGAACGGUUGCUGCAGGACAGCCUCUCUGCCUAUCGAAUAUGGAGCUCUGUUGUUGCUGAAGUCCUGGUUCAGAAUUUCACACAGUCCUUACUGAAGGAUGAAGCUGGGUCCAUUUUAGCCACAGCUACCAACUGGGAGGAGAUUGAAAUUGAGGAGGAAUCUGAGAGCGGAAGCAGCAUUAAGUCCAAGAUAAGGCUGCCUGUCCAGCCAUCCUGGAGUGUCCAAGCUCUCCUCUUCAGCUUGUGCCAAGAAGUCAGUCGAGUUGGUGGUCAUACCCUUCCAAAGGUCAUCUUGCAAGAAUUACUGAAGACUUGUAUGACUAAAAUAUUAGCUGGCUAUGAAAAACUUUCAGAAGGGAAACGGAAAAAGAAAGAAGGGGUGUUGCCAAUCACCCAGAACAGAGCUUUACAACUCUUAUAUGAUCUUCGGUAUCUGAACAUAGUGCUAACAACAAAGAGUGAAGACGUGAAAAGCAGCAGAAACAAGCAAGAUUCCAGAAUUGAGAAACAGACAGACUUUCUGGAAAGCUACAUAGAUCCCUUUGACUUGGAUGUCUUCACUCCACACUUAAAUAGCAACCUUAACCGUCUGGUGCAGCGAACCUCUGUCUUAUUUGGCUUACUAAUUGGGGCAGAGAACCAGUACACCAGCCGAAGCAGUGCUCCGACUGCUCAAGAGUUACACAAUACCCUACCUCUAGCAUCUAGUCAGAUCAGGUUCGGGCUCUUGCCACUCAGCAUGUCAAGCUCUCAGAAGACUAAGUCAGUUUUGAGAAACUCUGGACACAAAGCUCAGAUUCCACCUCCAGCUCUUACCAGAGCAGAAGAGAUGUUCCAGCCUGGGUCCCUGUUCAGACAGCUUGCCUCGGAGGAAGAAGAUACAUCAGCACCAUCCUUGUUUAAGCUUGGCUGGCUCUCCAGCAUGACCAAGUGAUCUCAUAAAGUAUGAAUGACUGUGUUCUUGGCACUACAAUGUUCAAGGCUAAUGAUUGCUACUUUGCAAAUCCAGUCAAGCCUAAUCAAUUACUUGUAGACUCUGUGGCUUAGGCAAUUUGAAACUACUGCCGAGUGCUAUUCUUGGAAAGGCUGUAUGAACUUCCACACAAACCCAACCCAGAUUUUGUACAUAAGCAAAAUAAUGAUUCCUAUGUAGAUUGAUUACAGCAAAGAAAUAAAGCAGUUACGUUUCUGUUCUGA